AUGCACCACCAACGGAGCAGCAAAGGCCAAUCAAAGGAGCUGCCUAUGCAGCAGCAGCACCCAUAUCCUACAACCUUGGAGGAGGGCCAUUUACAGCAAUCCCCCAUCCAGCUCUUCUGGGGUCUCCAAACUCCGCAUAGUGAGUCCUUCUUCCCUGCUACUGAUGCUUCAGAUAAAAUCUCGAAUGCCUCCCCAGAGCAGGAAUCCCCAGAGGAUUACUGUCCUUUAGUUCCUAACCCUUCUCCCAAACCCUGGGCCUCCCAGACCCAUGCUGCUAUCUCUACCCCUCCUGCACAGUUUCCUCUCAGUGAUGAGAUUCGGAAAAAACCAGAGCGUCACCUUCAAAAGAGGCUCAUCCAACACUGGUGGGGCCUGCCCCGCAGGAUACAUGAGUCUCUCACAUGGAUGAGUGGUCCGAGUACUCUUCCACAGGUACCUGAGUCUCUGUGCCAUUGUGGACGCUCAGGGAUCUCUAAUAAGAGUGAGAUCAAAUUGAGUAUGGCUAAAAGUGUGUAUGUGGAGGACCCAGAAAUGCUUCAGCUAGAGGACAGUGACCUGGUGAGGUACAAAGGUGACCUGGAGAAGGAUAACAAUGAUUUGGAGAAGGACAAAAAUCUGGAGAAGGACAAUGAUGACCUGAAGAAGGAUGGGGGACACAACCCCGAGAAUGGCCCAGAAGAUUAUCUGUUGAGUGACCCAGUUAGCUCUUCAGAUAAUGAAAUGGGGUCGGAUUCUGAGAAAGAACUUAGGAGCCCAUCAGUGAAAAACUCCAUGGUGUCUGAGGAGACUAUGGGUCAGAGACAACUUGAAAAUGCCCUGAAGAUACAUUUACACAGAAAGUCUGAGGAAAUCAGUGAGGGUCAUUUGCCUGGGACUGUGUGUAAUUCAUGGAAUACUAGGAAGCCGACAUCACUUCUUUCUGAGAAAUCCCAGACUGAAAUAAAACAGAGAAGUUUGCCACCAUCAGGACUACUGAGGACUACUCCCUGA